UAUAGGGGAUGACCAAGAGACUGCGGACAGUAUAGGGAAUGACCAAAAGACUGCGGACAUAGUACAGAGGAUGACCAGAGACUGCGGACACAGUACAGGAGAUGACCAGAGACUGCAGACAUAGUACAGGAGAUGACCAGAGACUGCGGACACAGUACAGGAGAUGACCAGAGACUGCGGACACAGUACAGGGGAUGACCAGAGACUGCGGACAGUACAGGAGAUGACCAAGAGACUGCGGACAGUACAGGGGAUGACCAGAGACUGCGGACACAGUACAGAAGAUGACCACAGACUGCGGACAGUACAGGAGAUGACCAAGAGACUGCAAACAGUACAGGGGAUGACCAAGAGACUGUGGACAACAGUACAGGAGAUUACCAGA